CUCUCUCACCAACACUUUCCCUUCCCACACUACUUAUAAUCUGAAGUACGUACCUCACCAACACUUUCCCUUGCCACACUACUUAUCUGAAGUACCCGUGCCAUCCACCACAAACAUCCCCAAUAUUCAUUCAUCCCAAAAUCCAUGAGAGAGAGUCGAAAAAAGGUGUUGUGAUCUGAAUCGCAAGGGCUGUGAUGUUAGGUUUUCAUUUGGUUCGGGAUGACCGUUGCAUGGAACGUCGGAAAUGCAAGUCCAAGAUAACUAUUAGUCCCUAGCUAGCUUGUAAAGUCCAAUAUUAUCAGAGAGAAUCAAAAAGAGGCAGACACGUAGCAGAUCAAAGACAAAAACCCAAACGAGUACUGGUUCUAUUCUUCUUAAUCAAGGUGUUCCUGACCAGUUCUCUGAUUUUUCUAGCUUCUUCAUGAUCAUGGAGUUUAAGAGAAGUAGCAGACCGAGGUCCAUAAAAAAACCACCUCUUUUCUACCGUCUCUCCAUCUUCUUCCUCUCAUUUUGCGUACUGUUCAGCAGCAUCUACUCCGUACCUACAUCUCAAGCUAGCACAUGUUCUUUGUCUGAUAAGGCUGAUAUGCAUUUUCAGGAACUUGAGAGAAGAGAUGAUCAUCAGGGAGAGGGCAUAUUGGUGUCUCUGGAGGAGGGAGCUGGAAGAUCGGGAAUUUCAAUGAGCAUGGCAAGGAGGCUUUUGGGUGGGCCCGGGUCAUCGCCCCCACAAUGCACUUCAAAGUGCGGCAGGUGCAUGCCCUGCACGCCGGUCCAUGUGCCCGUGCCACCCGGAACGCCGGUGACCACUGAGUAUUAUCCCGAAGCUUGGAGGUGCAAAUGUGGCAACAAGCUGUACGUGCCAUGAAUUGGUAUUACAUGCUUUGUUUUAUUUGC